AUGUUUAUAUUUGCAACUUGCUUAACAUUAACUGUAUUCAUAUUUACUUGUGAUACAAUUGCUCAAGUUACAGAUGAUGAGAGUUGUGAAACAUUGCAGUCUGAAGUACAUAUUACAAAAGAUGAAUAUGAUGAUAUAGGACGUUUGAAAAGAACAUGUAGUGGAGAUAUAUCUGUUACAAAAUGUGAAGGAUUUUGCAGUUCACAGGUACAACCAAGUGUUGCUAGUACUACAGGAUUUUCAAAGGAAUGCUAUUGUUGUCGAGAAAGUUACUUAAAAGAAAGACAUAUUACAUUACACCAUUGCUAUGAUGCAGAUGGUAUAAAAUUAAUGAAUGAAGAUGAUGGAAUAAUGGAAAUCAAGAUACGAGAACCAGCAGAAUGUAAAUGUAUUAAAUGUGGUGUUGAUGAAUGCCAGGCAACUCCAGUCAUCCACUUUCUGCAAUAUCCAGGAUGUGUUCCAAAACCAAUACCCAGCUAUGCAUGCAGAGGACGUUGUAGCAGUUACCUACAGGUGUCCGGAUCAAAAAUUUGGCAAAUGGAGAGAAGCUGCAUGUGUUGUCAAGAAAGCGGCGAGAGAGAAGCCAGUGUAUCCCUAUUUUGUCCGAGAGCCAAACCAGGCGAAAAAAAAUUCCGAAAGGUAAUUACCAAAGCGCCUCUAGAGUGUAUGUGUAGACCGUGCACUAGUGUCGAAGAAUAUGCAAUUAUUCCGCAAGAAAUUGCUGGAUUUGCUGAUGAAAGUCCGUUUACGACCUCUGCACAUUUCAGAAGAUCCUCUGAUUUGCAGUAA